AUGAACCCGGAUCAGUCCACACCCAAUUCAAGCUACUCAUUCCGUGGCAUUCGUGGUGGCCGUGGCGGUGGCGGACAGUUCCGUGGCUAUGCACGAGGACGUGGUAACCGUGGCGGAGGACGAGGCUAUGGACGAGGUCGAGGAGGACGUGGUGGUGGUGGUGGCCGCGGCGGUUUUCACCAACAGCAGCCAAACUUUGAGCAAGAACUCCAGAUGGAUCAACCAGCCGACUUUUCUUCUGCAGCUUUGGAAAGAAACUAUGCACAAUUCUAUUCGCCCUUAUUUACAAAAAAUCCAUGGGGUAGUGGUGGUAGUGGUAGUAGUGGUAGCAGUAGUAAAAAAGAAUAA